AGAGGGCGGGGUUAGCAUGCUACACGUUAACCGUUCGAUUUUUAUCUUGUUUUACCGGUGCUACCAGUGACAAAGAGCGAACGCUCCGGUAGUGGGUGUUGAUUCUGGACUUACUGUAUGUAUUUUUUUUUACAGUCGAGACGAAAGUUUCACCUCAACAUAAACUCAAUAAGCCGCACAGAUAAGUAAAUAUGGCUUCGCUGAGUAAUAAGUCCGCGGAAGAAAUCAGCCAGCUGUUGGAUGAAUACGGAAUCAAACAUGGACCCGUGGUCGACACCACCAGAAGUCUGUAUGAGAAAAAGCUGAAAGAAGCCAUGGCUAAAGACAAUAAAGCUAAACCGUCAUCUGACAAAACGUACUACAGGGAGGAGGAAGAAGAAGAAAUCACUUAUGUUUACACAACACCGAACAGAAGUGAAGGCACUGGAGACAGAAGGACUUACAUGAAAUCAAGACCAGAAUGGACUGGGAGGGAAUAUGAACACGAGACCUCCUACUCCGGCUACUCACAGUCAAGGCCUGAAUAUAGAGGAAGAGGUUUUGCUGAAUCGCCCCACAUGUACGACACCCCGUCCACGUUCAGUAACUCCUCCCUGAAAGCAACACCCCCUAAGUCGGGUCAGGAUGCUCAGAAGGCAGCGAAGUCGACUCGUCUCGUCCCUCUGUGGCUUCAGUUCUUCUUCUUCCUCGCCGUGGCGGUCUUCCUCUACUUGGUUUUCUCCAAUAUGGAGACCAAUGAAACCAUAAAAGGACUGGAAUGAGUUAAUUUUUCUCUUAAUUGACACUGGGGGAACUUAGACAUUAUUCUGCAUUUAAUGUUGAAGAAUGAUAUUUUAAACGUUGCUGUAAUUGUGGUUUUUGCAAUAUUUGUGUUUUUAGCUCAUGCUUUCACCUACUUGUGGAAUAUUUCAUUUUCCCCCAGAGGUUCACAACUCUUAAGUGAACAAAUUGUAACACUAAAUCUUUCAGUCAUGAGUGGAUUGCUGCGCUGUCCAUCCAGAUAGUUGCAACACGAUCUGAUCAGUGUCGCUGCUCGUUAGCCGUUUUGCCAUGAGUUCCAACAGAUUUUACAUUUUAUCCAAUGCCGUGGACGUCAAAUCGUAGCACUUCGUACUAUAACGCAACAAAUAAAAGCACCACACCCUGCUCUGUAACAAAAACUUUAUUGCCGAAAGCUUCCAAAGUUCAGUGAAUCCAACUUCUUUUAAGAUGCUGAAAAAUAAAUAUUUUUAUGUCAAGUUGGCAAAUCAAAUUAGCUUUUUUCUAUUAAAAUUUAAAUUGACGAAGCAGUAAAAACACCUUGAACAGUGUCUAUAUAAAGUCGGUGCAGUGUUAU